UCUCCCACCUUGUUGUUGGGUCAGCUUUCUGCACCUGCGUCGCUGCGUGGCACAGACACAGACAUGAGCAAUCAGGAAGUGACUUAUUGCUCCUUGAGAUUUCUUCAGUCUCCUUCGGAGUCACAAAAUACAUUAAGGCCUGGUGGUACUCAAAGGCCUGGGAAAACUGAUGACAAAGAGUUUUCAGUGCCCUGGCAUCCCUUCGUAGUGACUCUUGGGAUUCUCUGUUUACUUCUUUUGGUGACAGUCACAGUGUUGGGAACAAUGAUUUUUCAGUGUUUUAAAGAAAAACAUCAACAGGAGGAAAUUCUACGAAACCUCAUUCCACAGCACGACAGUAUACGAAAUAACAACUACUCAAAGGAGCAACUUUUGAUAAAUAAGACUUUAGAGUGUGACAUUCUUAAAAAUAAAACCCUUCAUCAGAAAAAGGAACUGGACUCACUCUUUAUGGAAAAGAUGAGAUGUCAUAUAAAACAGGAGAUCUUUUCAAAGUCUUUGCAAAGUACAG